UUACUGGAAGAACUUCGGAGCGGAGGAGGUGGAGCCUUACGAAUAUCAGCUCUAUAGACUACUCGUUGGUCGCUGUAACACAACUACCUCCGGUUGCUGGAUAGAGAAAGAAGGAGAGAAUAUUGUUUAUUAUCUAUUUCACUUACUUUGGUAAUGUAAACAUGUUUCCCAUGCCAAUAAAGCCCUUUGAAUUGAAUUGAGAGAGAAUAAGAAUGGGGUGGGCGACGUCUUUACCGACAAUAGCCUACGGACCCGUUCCUCUGUCGGUUAGAAGAGACAGGAGUUAAUGACCAAGUUUAUAAAUGAUUUAACUCGGGGACUUUGGAUAUUUUCUCCCCCCGGAGAGGAACGCUGGAGCCCGAGACAGGAACCGUCUCCAAGCUGUCUGCAGUGGGUGGUCUCUCUGAGGUCCUCUCUGGACUGCUCCUCAGUGUCUUCACUCUGGGAAUCACGUCCGCUACCCUAUUCCUCCCCUCUUCCCUCACGUCCUCUCCCCUCCUCCCCCCACACGUCCUCACCCUCCCUCCUCCCCUCCUCCCUCACGUCCUCUCCCUUUCUCCUCCCCUCCUCCAUCACAACUCACCUCCUCCCCUUGUACCUCCUCCCCCCUCCCUGCUCUGGACCCCCCACCCCUCGGUCAGCAAGCCGAGCAGGGGGGGUCAGGGCGCCAUGGUAACCCAUAGCAGGCACGACCCCCCCAGCCAUGAGCAGCGUUACCCACCCAGAGGUCAGAGGUCAGGGGUCAGACGUUCACCCCCUGCGCUACAAACCCUUCAGCUCGCACGCACACUACCAACAGGUGCUGUGUGCGGUGCGUAAGUUACAGGAGAGUGGGUUCUACUGGGGUGCAGUGGGGGGUCGUGAGGCCAGCGCUCUGCUCCGCUCCCAGCCCCCAGGGACCUUCCUGGUCCGAGACUCCUCCGACCACCACUACUUCUUCACACUGUCGGUCCAGACGGCUCGUGGGACCAAGAACCUCCGGAUCCACAGCCAGGGGGGAAGCUUUUACCUGCAGCCCGACCCCCACUGCACGCACACGCCCCCGCGUUUCGACUGUGUGCUCAAACUGAUUGGACACUACAUGGGGAAGGAGGGAGGUGGAGGAGGAGAUAGGGAGGCCGGGGUAAGGACAGGGGGGGGCAUGGCUGCGGCUGCAGGGGAGACUGUGGGGACAGGGAGUUUGUAUCUGAUCCACUCUGGGGGAGAGAAGGUUCCGUUAGAACUGCGUCGACCCCUCCCCUCCUCCCUGUCCUCCCUCCAGCACCUGUGUAGAAGGACCCUGAACGGACACCUGGGGGGCCCGGAUCCCCCUGACACACACCAGCUCCCUCACACUCUAAGAGACUUCUUGGCGGAGUACGAUGCUCCCAUCUAAACACACACACACACACACACACAGUUCAGUUUGGGGGUUUUCCCGUCUAAUGGUUGAGGAUAGGAUUUGGAGAGGGUAAGCUGAUCCUAGAUCGAUGCCACUGCUUUCCUAUCAAGUGGAUCCUCAUAUAGGUAGCCAUGGAUACGCCUCUCCUGGAGAGACUGUCAAUGGGAGUCAGGAAAACGCUGGGGGUCAAAGGUUGUUGCCCUGUCAGCCAGUUAGUCGUUCUCCCAGCGGAAGCUGUGAUUGGGUAGUCAAAAAGAUUAAAGUGACGCAGACAGUGAACGUGCACACACGCAAGCAAACACACACACACACACGCAAGCAAACACACACACACGCAAGCAAAACACACACACACGCAAGCAAACACACACGCAAGCAAACACACACACACACGCAAGCAAACACACACACACACGCAAGCAAACACACACACACGCAAGCAAACACACACACACGCAAGCAAACACACACGCAAGCAAACACACACACACGCAAGCAAACACACACACGCAAGCAAACACACACGCAAGCAAACACAUACACACUUUAGCAAGCACACACUUUAGCAAGGGCUUUAGGAGUGUUGUCAGAAAGGUUUCCUGUGGGUUUGUUGUGCUGCUGUGGCUGAGGAACAGCUCUUUCUGUUGAUUAGCAGAAGCUUACCUCUCCUCUUUCUCCUGUCUGACAUGUAAAAUGGGUUGACUGGAUUGAGAGGGAGAGAGAGAGGGAGAUAGAGAGAGGGAUUGAAGUAUAAUGAGAGAAAAGGAGAGAGAGGGUGGGGAGUAUGGCAGUGAAUGUCAAACGAGGGGCCCAUAGCAGAGUGAAUGUGUUUGUGUGCAUGGUGUCGUACACAUUUCCACUGCUGCAUGCCAACUAGCAUGGCCUCAUAGGAAGGUGUGAGGGAUCAUGGCUGACAACAGCCUCUAGCCUCACACACACACACACACACACACACACACACACACACACACACACACACACAGAGAUAGACACACACACAGGCAUACAUACAGCUAUACUGCAGCUUUGGAAGCUCUUCUGUUUAGAAUGUGAUGGAGGUGCCCCUGUCUCUCCCUCUUGUCUUUACCCCCCCCCACACAUAUCUCUCUGAGAACAGGAGUUGUGACAGUGAGUCUGAGCAGACCACUGUUAGUCAGACAAAAGCCCUGGCAGACAACCAAAGCUAACAGUGGAUCUUAUUAUAGUCCCAGGGGGCCGGCAGGCAGACAGACAGACAGACAGGCAGGCAGGCAGGCAGGCAGGCAGACAGACAGACAGACAGACAGACAGGCAGGCAGGCAGACAGACAGACAGACAGACAGGCAGGCAGACAGGCAGAAACAACAACGGGUGUGUCCCAAAUAGCACCCUAUUCCCUUUAUAGUGCAUUACUUUGGGACCGUGUGGACUCUGGUCAAAACUAGUUCACUAUAGGAAAUAGGUUGCCAUUUGAGACACAGGCAGAAACAACUACAACUGAAGCAGAACAUAGAAGUCGAGUGGGAGAGGUUAGGAAAGGGUGAGGAAAGAGUGAGGAAGACAAGUAGGGGUGAGGCUGGGGGAGAGGUUAGAGAUGGUUUUCAGACCACAGAGAUGAUGACAACCCCUUCAUUUGGUCUGAUGAUGAUGGUAGUGAUGAUGAUGAUGAUGACGAAGACGUGAUAAUAAUGAUUUUGAUGAUGAUGUAGUGUUACGCUGAAUCCAUGUCUUCCUGAUAGAAGUCUAAUUAGUAGAAGAUCAACGUUUGUCAUUUUUAACAUUUACUAACAACAUAAUGUUUACAUGUGUCGCAUCAGCCCAGCUACAUGUGAAGUACUCGUCUUUCAUAAAGACUGCUCAUAACCUCGCCACCAGACUGGCAGACAGGGCAAACUAUCUGGAACAAAAAAAACUAAAAGCAUUACAAAAUAGAAAUGAAUAAAGGAACUUUGCACAUAUUUAUAUUUCUAAGAUAUUUCAAUACUUAAUAUUAAAGCGCACUUUUUUUUAACCAAAUUGAACCGAUUCUCUUUGUGCCUUCAUUUAUGUAGGAUACACGUCUGUCUGUCUGUGUGCGAUUUAAUUAACACUUUAACUGAAUGUGGUGUCAAUUUAAACCCCUCUGAUGUUAACCCCUCUAGAAUCAACUCUCAGAUAUAACACUUUUUUACCUCAACACGAGAUUUUAACACCUGCAAAUUUGCUGUGUGGGGAACACGUGAAACAUUUCUCUGGUAAUGUGCAGUGUACUGAACUGUAGUGUGUGUGUGUGUGUGUGUGUGUGUGUGUGUGUGUGUGUGUGUGUGUGUGUGUGUGUGUGUGUGUGUGUGUGUGUGUGUGUUUUGAGAGGGAGAAAGAGGUGAGGAGGUCAGAGAGAAUUAGUGUAUGUAAGGUCAGAGAGGUGAAAGGUUCCACGUGGGAGAGAUUUAUGAUGGUCUGUGGUUAGCAGUGUGUAAAAGGUGUACGUAAGGGUCUGGGUGGAGAAUUUCUCAAUAGUGUGAGUAACUCUCUCUCUCUCCCCCAAUUCAAUUCAAAUGGCUUUAUUGGCAUGGGAAAUAUGUAUAUAUUGCCAAAGCAACUGAAAUAGAGAAUAAACAAAAGUGAAA